AUGGCCAUGGAGCUCUGGAAUCACACCUUCCUGUCAAACUUCAUCCUUACAGGCCUGUUCAGCUAUUCACCAUCUGAUUUAUUUCUGUUUAUCCUGGUCCUUCUGGCUUCUGUGGCCACCCUGGCUGGCAACAUCCUCUUCCUCCUGCUCAUCCAUGCUGACAGGCGCCUGCACACCCCGAUGUACUUCUUCCUCAGCCAGCUCUCCAUCAUGGACUUGACCCUGAUGUGCACAGUGGUGCCUAAGAUGGCAGCCAACUUUCUCUCAGGCCAUAAGUUCAUCUCCUGGGGAGGCUGUGCAGCCCAGAUCUUUCUAGUGGUCAUGGUAGCAGGAGCAGAGUGUUUUCUCUUGGCAGUUAUGGCCUAUGACCGGUACAUGGCAGUUUGCUACCCUCUGAGGUACCCUGUGCUCAUGAACUGGAAGACCUGCUUUCUUCUGGUCUUGGCAUCCUGGGGGGGUGGGAUGGCUGACAGUGUGAUUGAUGUGACUAUGGUCUUCAGCUUCCCCUACUGUGCCUCUGUAGAGUUGGACCACUUCUUCUGUGAGGUCCCUGCCCUGUUGCGCCUCUCCUGUGCUGACACCUCCCUCUUUGAGGACCUCAUCUAUGCAUGCUGUGUGGUCAUGCUGCUGCUGCCCCUUGGGGUCAUUGUGACUUCCUAUGCCAAGGUCCUCACAGCUGUCAUCAGGAUGCACUCCACUGAGGGGAAACAGAAGGCUCUGACCACUUGUUCCUCCCACCUGACUGUGGUGGGUCUCUACUAUGGGGGAGCCAUAUUUAUCUACAUGCAGCGGUCUUCAACUAGGACACCAGCAGGCAACAGGGCCAUCUCCAUCUUCUAUACUAUCGUCACUCCUAUUCUCAAUCCACUCAUUUAUAGCCUAAGAAAUAGAGAGGUAACUAGGACCCUGAGGAAGAUGAAGGGGGAGGUGGGGAGUAUAGACAUCCUUCACACACCUGUUUCUUCCUUCUUCACUUGA